AUGAUGCGCACGUGCUGCUAAUCAGCUGGAGAAGUUGAACCGGGCUGAAACCGGGCUGACCCGGUCCAUAACAGCCACCAGUCUCGCGGCGACUCGCUGUAGAGGCGCGCACGCGCUUGGCGGUGCUCGUGCCCAGCGUCGUGCUCGUUCCCGUUAGUGCGCGCUCCCGCAGGGCGAUCGACGUGUCUCGUGAAGAUUUGGGCUGAGGUCUCACGCGCUCCUUUGAUUUCGACCCAAUUUCCGGAGGUGCAGAAGAGGAGCAGGAGCAGGAGGCGGUACCGGGAAGGAUCCCUUCCUGAACCGGGACAACCGGGAGAACCGGGAGAACCGGGAGCAGCUGCAACGACUGGAGCUGUGAGAAUGAAGCGCGGCUGGCUUCUGCUGAGCCUGGCUCUCAGCUCCCUCUGCGGGGCUACGAUCGCAGGAGCUGCCAGAACGUCCUCACAGACAGAUGACUUGUACCUUGAUGACCACGGAUCAGGAGGUUACUACCCAGAAGAUGAUGACGACUUUAACUCAGGGUCUGGCUCGGGUGGAGAUGAAGAGAGUCUGGAAAAAAUGACCAUCACCAGGAUUUAUAUUGAGUCUUCAGUUGAACCCACCAAGGACCCUACCAAAUUCUUCACUCCAGGGAUGGACCCCGGUGUGGAAGGAAAAGCCAGAGAUGGCCCACCCAGGAAGCCUUUCAGGACAGAGGCUCCAGUUAAAGUAACAGAGGACCUGCAGAAGAACCAGAUAACCAGUACCACAGAAUCUCCCAGUUCUCCUUUGGAACCCGUUGAAGUCCGGACUGAAAACCUUUUCCAGAGGACAGAGGUGUUGGCAGCUGUUGUUGCAGGUGGUGUGAUUGGCUUCCUGUUUGCCGUCUUCCUCAUCCUCCUGCUGGUUUACAGAAUGAGGAAGAAGGAUGAAGGCAGCUAUGACUUGGGAGAGAGGAAACCUUCUGGAGCAGCCUACCAGAAAGCUCCAACCAAGGAGUUUUAUGCAUAAAGUCUCACCACUCGGAUCAUGUGUUGGAGCCAUGGUGAGCACCAAGCGGACCCACAGUCCAACUCUUCAAACGAGAAACAUGUUUCACCGCAGACACUCACAGGAAAACUUUUUCAGAACUUUGUUUUUCCAACUGAAGCCAGACGUUCUGUCCCCUAGAAUCAACCUGCUUGUGUUCCAGCAUGUGGCACCUUAAUCUUCUUUCCCUGAAAGCUGUUCCUCCUUCAGAAAAAAGUUCCCUAUCUGAUGUCACCUCUCAUUGUGAAUUGGCAGCAGCUAUGUGUUCAGCUCGGUUUGCUUUCCUAACACCGAUCUGUUUUUUAAAUGGGUCGAAACACAAAAGGCACUGCUGUUGGCUCUCUGCAGUAAUGAGUGUAUAGUUAGAACUAUUUGGAGCCCUGUACUGUUCCAAAGUCCAAAAUCAGAACAGAUCAAAAUCUGCUACAGCUGAACUGGGUCCUGGUUCUGCCUACCUGCUGUUCAGUAACAAUAAAUAUCUCUGCACUCCUCUUUGCUGCUCCUGCUGUAGAAGCUGACAACCCACAGACUCACAUGUGUUCUGUUGCUUAGUCUCUCUCUCUUGGUUUUGUAUUUUAGAGUUCUGACCUUUGAAUACAGUUGUUACUUGUGUAUGUAAAGAAAUAUGAAAAUAUAUAAUUGUAUAUUCACAAAUGUCUGAAACCUUCAAAGUGCCUACAUGUGUCCGUUACAGAGCGAGUAACGGAUUCCUGGAAAAUUUUUAGUCUAAUGAAGCUGACAACGUUGUACGUGUAAUUUGAACCAACACUACUGAAUAAACUUUGUGGCCUCAAA